GCUGCAGGUUGGCCACCAAAGGGGGUGUUAGGCGAAUGCACCAUGCCGCUGCAGGACGACACCCUCCGGGAGGUGUGGGCCUCGGACAGCGGACAUGAGGAGGAAGACUGGGGCCCAGAGGUCCAGCGGUGCCCCAAGCAGCAAUCCACCAGGGGACAGAAGUUGAAGAAGAAAAGGACGGAGGCCCCUGAGUCCCUCUGCCCUUCUGGAUCCAAGCCCCGGCGACCUGGAGUCCGGCGGCGGGGGAGGCCGCGGGAGGAGCCCGCCCCGGAGCCGGCCCAGGCCCGGGCGCCGCAGACGGUCUACGCUAAGUUCCUCAGGGAUCCAGCGGCCAGGAAGCGCGACCCCCGGGAAACUUUUCUGGUCGCCAGUGUCUCAGGAGCGGAGGACGAGGGUGAAGAGGAGGAAGAGGAGGACCAUGACGAGGAAGAGGAGGAGGAGGAAAAGGAAGAGAAAAGCCCCUUGCCUCCCAAAAAGCCCACUAAACAGAAGGCUUCUGCAGACAUCAAGGAGAGAAGAGCCAAGGCCCAGAGUCCGAAGGGCAACCUGGGAAGCCCUGUCCCCCCAGUGAAACCUCUGCGCAUUAAGAAGAAGGAAGUGCCAGCUGGGGACGGGGCCACAACGAGAAAGACAAAGAAGAAAGGGUCUGGGGAGGCUGACAAGGACCCCUCAGUGAGCCCAGCCAGUGUACAGAAGAAGAUCCCAGCAGCCAUGUUUCUGGUUGGGACAGAUGGCCCAGCUGAGAAAGCUCUGAAGAAGAAAGGCACUCCCAAAGGCGCAGAAGAGGAGAGGAAGGAGGAAGAAGAGGGUGAGGAGGAAGAAGUGGCUGCUGUGGUGACCAAGAACAGCAAUCAGAAAGGCAAAGCAAAAGGAAAAGGCAAAAAGAAACCGAAGGAGGAGAGGGCCCCCUCCCCACCCGUGGAAGUGGACGAGCCUCGGGAGUUCGUGUUUCGGCCUGCCCCCCAGGGCCGGACAGUGCGCUGCCGACUGACCCGGGACAAGAAGGGAAUGGAUCGGGGACUGUAUCCCUCCUACUUCCUGCACUUGGACACGGAGAAAAAGGUGUUCAUCUUGGCUGGCAGGAAACGGAAGCGGAGCAAGACAGCCAAUUACCUCAUCUCCAGUGACCCUACCAAUCUGUCCCGAGGAGGGGAGAAUUUCAUCGGGAAGCUGAGGUCCAACCUCCUAGGAAACCGCUUCACCGUCUUUGACAAUGGGCAGAACCCGCACCGUGGAGGAGGCAGCGCUGAUGUGGGGAGCCUUCGGCAGGAGCUGGCAGCUGUGAUCUAUGAAACCAACAUGCUGGGCUUCCGAGGUCCCCGGCGCAUGACAGUCCUCAUUCCUGGCAUGAAUGCGGACAACGACAGGGUCCCCAUCCGGCCCCGAAAUGCCAGCGAUGGGCUGCUGGUGCGCUGGCAGAACAAGACGCUGGAGAGCCUCAUUGAGCUGCACAACAAGCCACCUGUUUGGAACGAAGAUAGCGGCUCCUACACCCUCAACUUCCAAGGCCGAGUCACCCAGGCCUCGGUCAAGAACUUCCAGAUAGUCCACGCCGAUGACCCCGACUAUAUCGUGCUGCAGUUCGGCCGCGUGGCCGAGGAUGCCUUCACUUUAGACUACCGGUACCCGCUGUGCGCCCUGCAGGCCUUCGCCAUCGCCCUCUCCAGUUUCGACGGGAAGCUGGCCUGCGAGUGACCCCAGCACUCCCAGAGCCCGCCAGGGUUGGGGAAAGGAUUUAGUGGCGGCUUGCAGGGUCCCUUCACCAAAGCCCCCACGGAAGACUGCUCCCUUGUCGGAGAGUGACCCCUCACUGUCUCCAGGUGACCUCCAUCCACUCCCCAGCCUGGUACAGGCCAAGACAGGGGAGGAGCUCAGAUUGAGGGUCCGACGGAGAUGAAGAACAUCUGGAGUUUGAGCCGCACAUCUGGUCGCGGAGCGAGCUGCUUCAAAACACAUACACACACACACACACACACACACACCCGCGCACUCCUGUCACUUCCUGUCCAGAAGCAGUAGUCAGUGUUGUUUUAACCCCCUCCGGGACCGUGCGAGGGCUUGGAGGAGCUGGGGCUGGCUCCGAGGAGGGGGUAGGUGAUGGGGGACGAGGGCAGGGUACCCACAUCCCCAAUAAAGCCGUGUCCCAGGCCAAGCGGUGC